AUGCAUGAGAAUGGAGAGACAGAGACAAACACUGGGACUUGCCAAGAAAUAGAGAGCGACUCAAUUCAUGCUCAGGCCAUCAUCAACGGACUUAACAGAGAUGUUCUCUAUUGCUCCAACAUCACCAAUACUUAUGUCCAAUCCGGUUCUCUUUCACUGGCCACAAAAGCUUUUGAUCAAAUCACCGCAAAGAACCUUCAUUCAUGGAAUACCAUCAUCUCCGGUUACUCAAAAUACAGUAUCUUUGGUGAAGUUUUGAAGUUUUUCAGUCGCUUGCGAAACGAAGGCAUUGCAGUUGAUAGCUUCAACUUGGUCUUUGCCGUUAAAGCAAGUCAAAGGAUGUUGCUUUUGCAUAAUGGGAGAUUGCUUCAUUGCUUGGCCCUCAAAUCUAGGUUGGAAGGAGACCUGUUCAUUGUGCCUGCGCUUUUGGAGAUGUAUGUUGAGUUGGGUUCUCUGAAUGAUGCCCACAAGCUAUUUGAACGAUAUUCAUAUAGAAGCUCAGUUAUUUGGGGUUUUAUGAUAAAAGGGUUGUUUGAAGAAGCUAGUUAUCAUAAGGAUGUUGUUCUAUGGAGUGUUGUCAUUAAUGGUAGUGCCAAAAAAGGGAGAUAUUUGGAAGCUAUGUCCGUGUUCAAAAGGAUGCUAGAAAACUCAAUUACUCCAAAUCCAGUGACAUUGGCUGGCGCAAUUCUAGCUUGCUCUGGUGUGGGGUCUUUGAAACAAGGAAAAAGUGUGCAUGGCUUUGUGAUAAGAAACGGGGUUGACUAG